AGAAAAUAGAGGGGUAUUUUUGGCCGGCCAUCUAGUGUGGGUGCAAUUUUACUUGGUUCGUUCUUCCUUACACUAAUUGCUCUCUGCUUUUCUCCCCUUCUUCCGCUGGUUCUUUUUCAUUUUUCUCUUCUAUUAUUCUAAGUAUUGCAUGAGUUCAGAUGAUCUUCAGGGCAUGAGAGUGUGAGCCCAUCGGAGAAUAGGCUAGAAAAGAACCGAUGGCGGGCAGUGGUGGAAACCCUAGUUCCAAUCAGUCAUCUGUGUCUCAUCAAGCUCCCAAAAUCCUAUUAGCCAAACCUGGACUUGUUAGCGCCGGUAAGUUCAACCGUGGUGGCCCUGGCGAUGAUUCUGCAGUUCACCGCCCACGUCUUCCUGCCGUUGGAUCUCUUAAUCUUCUCUCUGAGACCUGGGAUUUCCACACUGAUCGUUUUCUGCCGUUUCUAACGGAUAAUACGGACUUUACAGUAGUGGGUGUGAUUGGUCCUCCAGGGGUUGGGAAGUCGACGAUAAUGAACGAAAUUUAUGGUUUUGAUGCUAGCUCACCUGGAAUUCUUCCUCCUUUUGCUAUAGAAACAGAAGAAACAAGGGAUAUGGCGAAACAUUGUACGAUUGGCAUUGAACCACGAGUUUCCUCUGAACGGAUUAUACUGCUUGAUACUCAGCCUGUUUUUAGCCCUUCAGUUUUGGCUGAAAUGAUUAGACCAGAUGGCUCAUCCACAAUACCCAUAAUAACCGGUGAAUCAUUAUCAGCUGAGUUAGGUCAUGAACUGAUGAGCAUCCAACUUGGUGUUCUUCUUGCAUCCAUUUGUCACUUUAUAUUGGUGGUGUCAGAGGGAGUCAAUGAUGCAAGCAUGUGGCAACUCAUGACAACGGUUGAUUUGCUAAAGCAUGGUAUACCUGAUCCGUCCUCGUUAACCCUUUCUCAUCCUCAAAGCUCUGAGAAAGAAAACAGAGACAAAAUUCUAGACAGUGGAGAAGAGUACAUGGCUGAUCCAGUUUUUGUGCAUACAAAGCUACGCACUGAAGAUCUAGCACCAAGUAACCUUGUUCAACUGAAGAAGGCACUCACACAAUUCUUUUGCUCGUCAUCUUUUGUGACAUCAGAAAACCACAACACUGGCAAAGAGAGUCAAGUUUCUGCUGUUCCUCUUAACAUUCAUAGUGCUGAUCGAGAAUCUGAAUUUUUGAAAUUAUUUCUAAUACCAUCUAGAAAUAAAGACGAUUCCUUGAAGCCACAGUAUGAAAGCCACAUUUCAGCAUUAUGGAAUUUGCGGGAUCAGGUUUUGUCAAUGAGAGGUCCAUCAUUCUCAAGGACUGUGUCCGAGCGUGAUUGGCUGAAAAAUUCUGCCAAGAUAUGGGAAAUUAUUAGGAAUUCUCCCAUUAUUGUGGACUACUGCAGAACUCUUCAAAGUUCAGGCAUGUUUAGGAGGUAGAUUUGCUAAAGCAUGGUAUACCUGAUCCAUCGUCUUGAACCCUUUCUCAUCAUCAGAGCUCUGAGAGAGAAAACUGAGACAAAAUUCUAGACAUUGGAGAAGAGUAAUGGUUGAUCAAGUUUUUGUGCAUACAAAGUGCGUUAACCUAAACCUUUGAUCUUGCUGUUAGCAUUGAGUAGUUACUUAGUCAUGAUGAUGAAAGAGAUGGGCCGAGCAAUUCAAACAUGCAUGUUUAUGCUAAAGUUAUCUUCAAAGUGCUUAGUUGAUUUACAUAGUAGAAAUUGGUUACCUCUCGAGCUUUGAUUCAAAAAUCAGAAACACCUACAGGUUUCAACUAAAACAAAAGACUCUGAUUUAUCUCACUGCAGAAAUUGUGACUACUCAUUUCCUAUUCCAGAUAGUUUGGCACUUUAUUACUUGGGAUUUUGAAAAUAGUGGGUUUUGGUUUAGCUGCGUUUUAUAAUUAUGACUAAUCGUGUUGUAGUAUUCUCUUAGUUUCUUGUUCUUCAAUUUCUGUUACUAUCUGUUGUUUCUUGUAUUUUGGUUAUCGUAUUGUAUUUUCAGAAUGCUUUGUCAUGCUUUCUUUAUUAUUUGACCUGGCUUCUUCACUUA